GAAACAAAAUCUGUGUUGUCAAACGUUGCUAAGGAAGUCACGGAGCUACUUUUUUAAAUUAGCCACUCUGAGACCAAAGAGGAGUGCAAGAGAGGUGUUUGUCACUUAGGAUGAGACAGCUUUAUCCACCUGACCAGAGCUGGUCUCAGACAUGACAAGAGGAUGACUGAAAAUGGAGAGGACAGCAGCAUCCAUCAGUACUAUGAGGCUCCUGACAAAGGAGAUUCAGUUGUCAAUGACAGCAGGCCACUCAAGACCUCCUUAGUAGAUGUCAAACCCUGCAAGGAACACAAUGAUGCCCUUGAACUUGCUGCUAGAAACAGAGAGGGAGAGAUCAGUCCAUACCAACCUCGGCCACCCUCACUACCCAGGCAGUCGAAGCCCAGCAAAAGUGGCUCAGCUGCGGAGACGGUGAGAAACAGGAGGCUGAGAAACAGCCAGGAGAGUCUGAGUGACCCGGCUGAGACUGGCUCCUCCACAGACUCACUUAAAGAGGACCAAACUGUUCCACCUCCAGGUGGGUUUGUCGUUAGUAGUGCUGCCCCGAUCAGGAACCAGGACUCCAGUGUGAGACCCCACUCUGCUGUUACGACAGGAUCACCAGUCUUCCGGGAGAGAGGGAGCAGUCUCUCAGAGUAUGACAGGAGGCCUCACAGCCAGCAGAGCGACCCCACAGACCACCGGAUGCGGUCCGCCAAGAUGCGUCUGUCUCCGGUGCAACCCACGGGGCCACUGCCCACUCUAGAGAAGAGCUUUGUGUCAGCCACUUUGAGGGCAGCUAAUCGGAUUGACAGGGAUUGUUUGGAUUAUGCCGCACUGGCCAAAGAGAACCUCGGGGAGAGACUCCACAGGAACCUGAGCGACAGCCGGCUUCUGGAGAACAUGGGGUCGGAUAGUGCCUCUGUCAACUCCAUGAGGUCCACCUAUAGCGUGCUUAGCCCCAUCAGACCUCAGGAUGUGAGGAACAGGAGCUUUCUGGAGGGCAGCGUGCUGGGCAGCGGUGCCUUGCUUGGGGCUGAGGAGCUGGACCGCUACUUCCCUGACAGGAGAGUGGGCAUCUACAUCGCCACAUGGAACAUGCAGGGAGAGAGGGGGCUACCGACCAACUUAGAUGAUCUUCUCCUUCCGACAGACUCUGAAUUUGCACAAGACUUUUAUAUUAUUGGGGUCCAGGAGGGCUGUCCUGACAGGAGGGAGUGGGAGACACGUCUUCAGGAGACUCUUGGACCUUAUUACGUCAUGCUGUAUGCAGCAUCACAUGGUGUUUUGUAUCUCACUGUAUUUGUCAGAAGAGACCUCAUCUGGUUCUGCUCAGAAGUGGAGCAUGCCACAGUCACAACCAGGAUCAUCUCGCAGAUCAAGACCAAAGGAGCUGUGGGAAUUGCCUUUACCUUUUUUGGCACUUCCUUCCUUUUCAUCACAUCCCAUUUUACCUCUGGAGACGCCAAGGUUUACGAGAGAAUACUCGAUUACAACAAGAUCGUGGAGGCUCUAGCUCUUCCAAAAGGCCUUCCAGACACCAACCCGUACCGCUCCACACCGUCUGACGUCACCACAAGAUUCGACCAGGUCUUCUGGUUUGGAGACUUUAACUUCCGGCUGAGUAAGGACCGCGUUGAUGUGGAGACCCUCAUGAACCACACAGGAGCCGGCAACAUGGACACCCUGUUGGAGCAUGACCAGCUCUCCAAGGAGAUGAAGGAUGGUUCGAUCUUUAAAGGCUUUCAAGAGGCGACGAUACACUUCCUCCCCACAUACAAAUUUGACAUCGGCUGCGACAUCUACGACACUACUUCUAAACAGAGAACGCCUUCAUACACAGACAGGAUCCUGUUCAGGAACAGGCAGGCUGAUGACAUAAAAGUGGUCAAGUACACCAGCUGCUCCAGCAUCAAGACCUCAGACCAUCGGCCCGUCAUCGGCGUCUUCCAGGUCAAACUGAGACCAGGCAGAGACAAUAUCCCUCUUGGUGCGGGACAGUUUGACCGAGGCUUGUACUUGGAGGGCAUCAGGAGGAGGAUCACCAGAGAGCUGAAGAGGAGGGAAGCCAUGAAGAACCAAGGUAGCAGCACCAUCUGUGCCAUCUCGUAGACCCUUAAAGUGGACUCUCCAGACCGGACCGGCCCAGACCAGACCAGGCUGGACUGGAUCAAACUGUGCCAGAAACAGGCAGAUGGAAAGGACCAUAAGGAAACCAGAGUUGACUUACUCAGACCGCAGUGCUGGUUGUGGUAACUGAGCAGAGUGCGCCCUGUAUUGGGCAGUGUUGGGAACUGUGUGUGAGUGUGUGUCCUUCUGGUCAUCACAAGUGACUGGCUGUACUUGAGGGCAGGGACCUUGAGGUCAGACAGACACAGCAGCAGUCUGGCCUUUAUUUAUUCAGCCCCCCCUACUCAAACAUGACUGGGACGGAGGGGGCUGCCGUUGUGGCUUAAUCUUCAGUCUCAUGCUGAAAUGUGAACUGAUCUAACCUUGCAGCCUCUGUGUAACUGCAUUUCAUUUACUAAUUCAUUCUUAAGCAUCCAGAACCUCAGUGUUAUGUUUUUUUUUUUAAUUUUCUGAACACUACACCAUUGUUCAAAUGCCUUGUGAAUUUCUCAUCAAAUCGCACCAAACACAACUGCAGCAAACAUUUAGGUUCUCCUUAAACAUCAUUUAGGUGUCUGCCAUUGGCAUUAAGAAAGGAGAGACUGAAGAGGAGCUGUCGUUACAUUAUUUCUGUCAUGAAGUCAAAUAAAUGAUUUCAAGAGAAUGACAUUAAUCAACACUACAGUCAUGAGGUUGUUACAUGCUACUGUGGAAUUUCAGGGAGAUCAAAUGUAUUUGACAGCUAAUAUUAAACUUUUUUUUUUUUAAAGGAAUUCACUUGCUAUAGAUGGAGCAUUUUAUUCAUACUGUUAACGCCUCACAUAUUUUUUCUCUUAUUAGGCCAAGUGACCCUUUGGAACAGAUUGUAACUUAUUGCCUUAUCUCUCAUCUCACUGCUGUGUAACCUUAUAUAUACUACAAACUAUCCAUGUACUGUAUGUUAUGUACCGCAUUAAUGAACUUGCAUCCACAGCAUGAAGAGCGGUCUGCU